AUGGCUCCUUUGACCGCACGAAAGCACCCAAACCUCAUCGUCACGGUACUUGCAGGGGUUCUCGCCCGCAACCGAGAGCUCACCGACCAAGUCGCAUCACUGUCGGCUGAAAAUGCUCGGAUUCAAGACGACGCUGCUGCCCACGACCGAGAGCUCAGCGGUCAGAUCGCAUCACUGUGGGCUGGCAAGGUUCAGAUGCAAGACGCGAUGGCCGAGCAAGACCUGCAACUUCAAGCCCUCGAGCAAAAGAACGAGAUGUUGACCAGCGAGAAAGACCAGCGGGAGUUCGCCAAUCUCGACCAGGAACUAGCCGAUUCAAGGCACAAGCUGAAGGCAGAAGAGUCGGCUGAUCACCACGCCUUCGUCUCCUCCGCCUCACGCCGCAAGUCACACACCAAGAGCGCGGUGAAGCUGUCCCAAAAGCGCGGACAUGAGCCUGACAACCCGGCCAAGCGCAUCAAGAAGGUCAAGCACACCCCCGGAACGGUGUGCAUUGAGUGCUACCACUCCAAGACCACCAAACAUUGCGACGGAGCUUCCACCUGCUGGCCCUGCCAGUUCCGCGACAAGGACUGCAAGCGCAUGAAAUGCAAGAACUUCGCCGCCGGUACAUGUCGCCUCGUCAAUUGCAGUUUGGCGCAUAGCGACAGCGGUUUCCCCAAGGAGAUCUUGGAGGAACACCACCAUGUCCCGCAGUCGCUCGAGCCUCCGCCCUUCAUCCCGCCGAAGCCCUAG